GUUUUUAUCAAUGUAGUUACGGUACCAACUCAGAACAGAAGUCAAACAGAGGUCAUGUAGCACUAUUGAUGUGUUAUAUUCGGAACGGAGAAUCAGAAACAAACGUCGAUUAAAAAACUAUUGACUAUCUACCCGGCUGAAUCAGCACUUUUAACUCAGCGAUUGAAGAUUGUUGGAUGCUAAUAAAGCAAGGAAUUUAUUCGUAUAAUAACAAAAGAUUUACUCGAACGGCAAUCCCAGCCAUCUGAUCGAGCUGCAGAUUUGAGCUGUGAUCCCGGUGUCAGAGCUUCUUCAGUUAAGCGUUUACGUGAUAGCUGACUGUAAUUGUUAAUAAAUUUAUUAUUGUAUAAUAAUAAUGAACAGAUAAUUAAAUUUUUGAAAAACGAUUUGAUUUUGAAAACUGAAUUACGGUACUAAGUAAUACUGAAAAAAACACAUGUCAAACUACAUUAGCCAUCAAAUUAAACGCCCGGAUAUUGUCAGGAGAAAUCAAGAAGAAGCACGAAGCGCCACACUAUACAUUUUAAAACAGUAUGGACCAACAUUUUACUUGCUACAAGACGGUUUAAAGCAAAAAUAUAAGGUACAACUUGGUGAUGUUCAUACUUGCUCGUGUGGUAACUUUACAAAGAAUCGUGAACUAUGUGUUCAUUUAUGCUGGAUCUUAAUUAGACGUUUCAAAGUAGACCCAAAUAAUCCUGUAUCAUGGCAACCUGGAUUAGUUGAACGAGAAAUAUCAGCUCUUUUAGAUGGACAGCACUCAGUAAUGAAUAAUGUCACAAAUGUGACUGGGCCUAAACUUCUGAAUGAGGAUAAAUUUGAUGAAAAGCCUUCAUAUAACCUACAACGCAAAAUUGGAGAAAACGAUAUUUGCCCAAUAUGCCAGGAAUACCUUUUUACUCAAAUACGACUUCCAGUAACAUUUUGCCGUAAAAAUUGUGGUAACAGUCUACAUAUACGGUGUAUGAAAGUAUGGACAGAGUAUCAAAGAAAGCAAAACCCAUUAGGAUUAAUGGAUUACGUAAAAUGUCCUAUUUGUCGAGAGGAUUUUGCACCCUUACAUGUUCUUAUUCGGGAAUUUACAGAAAAUUUGAAAAAAGAUAAUAAAAAGUCUACCGAAUCGAAACAUAUCCAUAUUAUGACCAUUAUCGGUCAAGCAAACGAUGCACAGAGAAAAUUGAACAUAGAAACAAUGCGAACAAAGCAUUCAAAUACACGAUGUUUAUCAUGUUUAUGCUCACCAAUAUUAGGUAAUAUUUAUCGUUGUGAAAUAUGCUAUCAAUUAGAACAAGAUGAAAAUUUAAAUCCAUUUUUGUGUUCACUAUGUUUUCGUUCUGAUAAGCAUUUACAACAUGAUCUAUAUGUUUAUAGAGAGACACCACACGGCAAAUGGCUUGAAGUACCACCUAACCGAGGUGCUAUUAUAAAUGUCUCUGGACAGUUAGUCAACAAAGUUCAAGAAAAUAGUGAAAACCUUCAGUUAAGCUCAACAGAAAAAUUCAACCAUUUGUUAAUUGACGAAGAAUGUAAACCUCUUCAAUUAGCCGAACUAGCACAAAUUCGUCAGUGGACAAUUAGAAUUCCAAAAAAUCAUUUCGAUUUCACCUCGUUAAAAUCGUCGGAUAAUGAAACUAAUAAUAAUAAUAAAAUUAAAUCUGUGAAAAGAAAGUUAUCGACAAGUUUUAAUUUAUUUUCGGAGCGUUCAGGGACAUUAUUUUCGAUGGGAUUGUUGUCACCAGGUCGUCAAUGCCUUCUUUGUUUAAUGUUUUUUAAAGUAAAUGAUAAAGUUAGACGACUGUCACCUGGCUGUCAACAUAUUUUUCAUUCACAUUGCAUUGAUCCGUGGCUACUUCAUAAGUCAUCAACAUGUCCAAUUGAUAACACACCUAUUCGUCCUGAAAAAACAAUCAAUAAAAAGUCGUCGACAAAUCGUACACCAAGACAAAGAACUGAUGAAACGUUGAAUGACAAUUUGAGUGAAUUAAAAAUUUUUGCAAAGCAUAUUGAAGGUAAACCGAAAAUUAAAGUGAACCCUGCUCAUAAUAGCUCAAAGAGCACUAGGGAUUCAUUUCGAAGAAAACUUUAACUGAAACCAUCAACUUAUUGGUAAACAGAACCAUGAUUGUACAACAUCCAACUGAAAUACAUGUGAAAAUUAAAGAAUUAAAAAGUCAUUCAAGCGAAAUUUAUAAUCCAUUUGAAGAUAGAAAACUAUAAUAUUUGGACCAUAUUGUUAUUAUAUUAACAUGAUGCGUUUAGUAUCAAUAAAACUUUUUUUACUUCGUAAACACAUUACUUUACUACUGAAUAAGAUUGUUAGUAGCUUGUAGAUUUCAAAUAUAAUAAGUUGACCAUACAUGGCUUAAAAGUCAUAGCUAGCAUUAAAUAUUUCGAGAUAUUUAUGAAACACAGUAAAAUGUAUUAGUGUCACUUUGAAUUUAGAUUUAAUUAUUUAAUAAAAUAAUUGAUCAAUAUCUUUUGUGAUGACCCUAUGAAUGAAUUUGGCAUUUGGUUGACUAUUCCCGAUUUUUCCGUUAUAAUUAUUUCUUGCCAUGUCUAAAAAGUUUCAUAUACAGAUAUAUUCACUUCACUUUACUGCCGCUUCUCUUAUUUGAUAUUUUUGUUUUACAAAUAUCACCUCCGACUCAAUUUUAUGACUGUCUGUAUUUGUCUUAUUUAAUUGAAGAUAUCAUCUUUAUUGUUCUUUGAAGUGUUUCUGGUGAAGAACUGAGAAUAAAUUUCAUACAUUUUCGAGACAAUUUUGACCAAUUUACCCUUGAGAUUAUGACAGCUGAAUUAUAUAUGUCUUCUUUUUGGUUUAAUUUUGAUAAGAUUUUAAUUCAUUAUUCAAUAUCAGCUUGUAUAGAAAGAAGUCUAACCUUCUAUAUGCGUUGUAAUUACACGAAGACGUAUUUUCUAGUAUGAAGUGGAAUGACACAUUACAAGAUAAAAAUAUGAAAAGUCACUAGUUUAGAGACAACAAUAUGAAGUUAGUUCAUGUUUAUGAAAACUGUUUCAUUUCAUUUUAUUACGUGAAUCAACUUCAAUAGAUGGAUAUUUCUCAUUAGAUUUUCACUAAUGCGAAUUACAGCCAACUUUAUCAUACAUAUUACACACAUAUUACACAUACUGUUUCGAUUAAUAGAUAUUUCAUCAGUAAAA